CGGCUAGCGUUCGCGUGCACUUGUGGUUCCCUUGGGUGAUUUGAAUGCACUCUAGAAUUAGCUCACGUUGCGAUAGUGCGCACCACAGUGGAUUAAUCGCGCCGGGGUGUUUAAAUGCUGCAACGUGCAAGUUGACGACGCAACGUGGCUCACCGAUACUAUUGUGCACAGAAAGUGUAUGACAUGUUCGCAUCCUAUCGCCCAAAGGCGAUCACAGUGCAAUGGUAAUGAGCGACGGUUCUACCCCGCAAAACGCUCGCACUCGAUGACAUUUCCUGUGGCGAUUGACAUUUUUCAACGUGAUUAAAAACGAGAAGAAGGGUCACCGCACACCACUCCUGCUAUCGGAGACCUUCCCUCCGCCGUCCCGCCAAGAGGGCUUCACAGCGCCGAUAAGAUACCGUGAAUACUGCCUCUGGGGUUCGAUGUUUCGUCGGCAAUCAGUGUAAUGACUAGCUUUUGCGAACGCGCGUACAUUCUUUAGCUCGCGCUGGAUCAUUUUAGGUGGAGAAGAAACCUGACGGACGCGUUUGUGCCGCGUUUUGGGAACCUGAAUGUGCAUAGCAUCGCCGCCACACAACUUGUUUGUACCGCGUAACGAGCAGUGUGCUAAAGCACCAAACGAUCGCCGAGACACGUCGGAUAUUCUGGGACAUUGGAUAAAAAGAGCAACACUCGCAGUAUGACGAUUACGAAUGGUGGCGGCGGCGGGAUGCGUCCCCUGAAGAUAACGACCGUCGGGGAUGGUAUGGUCGGGAAGACCUGCAUGCUGAUCACCUACACGCAAAACGAAUUCCCCAGCGAGUACGUCCCGACCGUGUUCGACAACCAUGCGUGUAAUAUCGUCGUGGACGGUGCCGAUUAUGCGCUUACCCUGUGGGAUACGGCCGGCCAGGAAGAUUACGAGCGAUUGCGGCCACUCAGCUAUCCGAAUACCGAUUGUUUUCUCAUCUGCUACUCCAUAUCGAACCGCACAUCUUACGAUAACGUGCUGUCCAAAUGGUACCCAGAGAUAAGACAUUUUGCGCCCUCCGUUCCAAUCGUGCUUGUCGGCACCAAGAGUGAUCUGCGGGUAGCCGGGUCGGAAAAGUUCGUCACCACGACCGAGGGCAAGAGGCUAAAGCACAAAAUCAAAGCCUACGCGUUAGUGGAAUGUUCCGCGAAACGGAAGCUCAAUCUGGCGGAGGUGUUCGACGAGGCGGUCAGGGCUGUGGAGAAGAAACCACACGCGGGCCCUCGGAUCUGUACGAUACUAUAGCUUAGACGUUAGGGUGGUUAGUGAAAUCUGCUAGAUUGACUGUACGGGCUAAACGGAACGUUUUGUAGGGGAUUGAGUGGUAAGCUGUACUGUACUCACGAAGCACUAAGUAAGGGCGCGAUUGAGGCGAACUGUUAGUCGAACUGUUGGUGAUUUUUUUUCCUUUGCAGUAUUGGUUAUAAUUAUGUAGCUGUAAAUUGUUGAGCAAAAAUUGUAUUUACAGAUGCGACACAUCUGGAAAUGUUUUCACUCCAAUCUGACUUGUUAUCUUUGCUGAGUAGGUGUGUAUUUGCCAUAAACUCUAGCGGGGGAAAAAAGAAUGGCCGUAUUUUGCGAUAGUAUUCAUACGCAGCAUUAUGAACCGAUAUGUUAAAAACUCUUUCAGCAGAUGGAUUUCAGCCUAAAAUCCAAACGCUUCUUUCUGUUUAGUAUCAAUCAGGUUACGUAGCUUGCUACCACCAUUACCACAGCGAUAGUGAUUCACCCUAGCGAUACUACUGAGCGAUUAUCUAAAAGCGAACCGAGAGAGCAAAACGUACGAACAUGUUUACGCCUAGUUAGCACAAAUCAAAAAAGAUUGUUACAGAAUAUUUCUAGUGAUAAUAGGGAAAGGAAAGAUUGUUUGAAGGAAAACUGCGGCGAAAUCGAACGUAAACAGGUACCAGCCAACCUUGGCAACAAAAGGCGUGCACGUGUACUGUGUACGUGUUUUAUAUAUUUGCUAAAUAAACUAGUCAUUUUAAGCCGA